GGCACAUGCACCGCCGAGAGGCAAAACCAAGUCGCAGAGUGAGUGGCCUCUUUCUGCAGAGAAGUGUGUGUCUGUGUACGUGUGUGAAUGUCAUGUCGCAAACUCCAGCGAGGCUUGCCGCAGACUCGGGAGGCUUGAUCCCAGCCCCGUAUGGGCGGGCAUGCGCAGGCUGUGCGCGCGCCAAGUGCAAGUGCUUCUUCUACCAGGAGGGAGGCCAGACGUGCGAGAGAUGUCAGCGCCUGGGAAAGCAGUGCGAGCCGGCAGUCGCCGUGCGGAAAAGGAAGCGCAAGGCCGGGUCCCAGCUGCCAUCGCCGCCGUCCCGGCUCGAGGAGAAGCUCGAUGACAUUGUCUCUCUGUUGCGCUCGCAGUCUGCGCACAAGCAAGGCCGGCAUACUCCUCCGUCCAUGUCAGCCGACGACGGCGGCUCACCCCCGACGGCGAGCGAAUCUGCUGCCGCCGCAGUCAUCUCGUCACCGACUAGGGAGCCGGAAGUCACCAUAAACACUGCGUCCAGUGUGGUCCAUCUGUCACGUCCGCGUGAGCCUGAUGUGGCCUACUCGCCAGUCGCCGAGGACGUCGCGGUGCACCGACUGUCGCCAAGAAUAGCGGAAGCAAGCCUCGACGACUUUCGCCGCUCCUUUCUGCCCAUGUUUCCAUUCGUCCAUAUUCCUCGUACAACGACUGCGGCGGAGCUCGGUCGUGUCAGGCCGUUUUUGUGGCUCGUCGUUAUGGCUCUCAGCAGCAAAGACGUCUCGCGGCAGUUCGCCAUGGAGGAAACCAUUUGGCAUGUGAUAUCUCAGAGGGUUGUAGCCGAGCACUUCGCCGACUUGGAUCUGCUGCUUGGCAUCAUCUGCUUUGCCUCUUGGUCUCACUACUUCAAGCAGGACAAGCCGUUCAUGACGAUGCUCUCGCAGCUCGCGGUGGCGCUCGCCAUGGAGCUCAACAUUCACAAAGAUGCCAUGCCGCAGACGAAACGCGCAACGGCCCGCGAGAAUUCAACAGCACGGGCUCGCACCAUGGAGGAGCGACGAACAAUGUUGGCGGUAUUCCAUCUUACAUCUUCCACCUGGACGGCAUACAGGAAGACGGAGCCGCUUCGGUGGACACGAUAUCUGGAGACUUGUCUGAGGAUGCUCCGUGACGAUGCCGAGGCGCCCUUGGACGUGAGCCUGACGACCCAAAUUGAGUGUCAACUCAUUACGAACAAGUUGACUUGCGCAAGCCAUGACGAUGGCACGGAGGGCAACAUGACGACGGUAUUGGCCAACGUCUUGCUGCAUCAACUGCAAGGAAUUCGGCAGGGCUUGUCUCAGGUGAUGCAGUCGGAGAGGGCAGUGCAGUUGUACCUGAGCCACGCCGAGCUCACGGUCCGAGAUGCACUCAUCGCCAAGCCACAUGCACGAGGGGGGGAUAUGGAGGGACCUGCAGACAGCCUUUCGCAGUUUCGCAUGCUCGAGGACCUAGAGCUGCUGCUCGGGAGCGCCGAGAGAUGGCUGGACACCUUGAUGCACAUGCCGGCCGCCGACUGGACAGGCAUCAACGUCGACGUCUUUGCCCAGUUCACGCACGCGCUCGUCGUCGUGUUUCGACUCAACAACACCGUCGACGCGCCGCCAGGAUGGGACCCGCAAGAGUGCCGCCGGCGCGCCGACGUGCUGAAGAUUCUGGACCGAGCGUGCGAGACCAUCGACGGCGUUCCUGCGGCGGUUGGCAUGGUCGCAGGCGCGGCGGCGAGCGGGCCGCGGGCGGGCCUCUUCUUCAAGACCACGUACCUGCUCAGGGCCAUCAAGUCGCUGUUCGUGGCAGAGAUGGGCCCGCACGCGUCAGAGCAGGGCGCCGCCGCCCCAACAUGUAGCAGUAGUAACAGUAGUGCUGGCGACGAGAGGAGGGAGGACGAGGCUGGUGGCCGCGUUGUUGGGGAGAGCGUUGUGGGUUGGGAGGACAUUCUGAUGAAUCUGGAAAACGAGUCCUGGCUCUCCGACAUUUUGGGUGCGUCGUGGGGGGCGCAGUUUGAGGGCGCGAUGGAUAUGCCGUUUGGGGCGGCUUGAAGGCAGAGAGUAGAUGAACAUGAAGUGAGG